UUUGGGGGGGCCCCCCCAGAGAGGCGAUGGCCGACGACCUGGACUUCGAGACGGGCGACGCGGGGGCCUCGGCCACGUUCCCCAUGCAGUGCUCGGCGCUGCGCAAGAACGGCUUCGUGGUGCUCAAGGGCCGCCCCUGCAAGAUCGUGGAGAUGAGCACCUCCAAAACGGGCAAGCACGGCCACGCCAAGGUGCACCUGGUGGGCAUCGACAUCUUCACGGGCAAGAAGUACGAGGACAUCUGCCCGUCCACCCACAACAUGGACGUGCCCAACAUCAAACGGAACGACUUCCAGGUAACACGCCUGCGACACGCCUGCGACACGCCUGCGACACGCGUGUGCACACCUAUACGG